AUGCGGGAUUUCACUCUUAGUGUAGAUCUGAUUCCUAACCUCCACCACCUCCCCCUUGCAGGUUUGAGACACCUCCGCAGCAUCCGAGAUGCAUGUAUUAGGCGCAUCGUGAUGCUGGAUCUUGGUCUCGCUGCAAUGCUAUGAUUGGAUCUCUUCAUGGUUCUCAUGGCCAAUCAACAGCCAUUAUUAGUUACAGAUUUCCUUCCGCAGCUUCAUACCGGAACACACGUUACUACUCUAUCCGUCGACGAUGAUGAUUCCGAACCGGAAACAGAGUGUUUUCCUUCUCCAACGUCAUCUCCGUCUCCGGCGCCAGAAUUGGGAGAACCAGAUGACAUCAAAGCAAGCGAGAAGAGGAGACGAAGCACUACCUAG